UAUAUGUACUUCCUUCACCAGCAUCUCGCAACGCAUCACUCGGAAACUCAACUUUAUUUUUGUUAAACAAAUAUUAAUCGCAAAAAUCUCCAAUCUGAUUUCGAGGCCUUGUUUGUUGUCCCAGGCCUCUUAUCUAGGUUGUCUUCAAAACCCUAGCUGUUUCUCGGUCUCCGUUCGUCUCCAUCUUUAGACAUUCCUCCAUUCCAUCCGUAGAAAAUUUGUGUCAGAUCUCAAGGCUUACGCCUAAGAAUGGGUUCCAAAAAGAGCGAGAACCCUCACUCGGGGGAUGGUGCCAGCCCUGGGAAAAUCUUUAUCGGUGGCUUAGCUAAGGAUACGACCUUAGAUACAUUCAUCAGGCACUUUGAGAAGUAUGGGGAGAUUACAGAUUCUGUGAUAAUGAAGGAUCGGUACUCGGGUCGUCCAAGGGGAUUUGGCUUCAUAACCUUUGCGGAUCCUUCUGUUGUCGACAGGGUUAUUCAAGAAACCCACGUCAUCAAUGGCAAAGAAGUUGAGAUCAAGAGAACUAUUCCAAAAGGUUCUGCACAAACCCAUGACUUCAAAACUAAGAAAAUUUUUGUUGGUGGGAUUCCAACAUCAAUGACUGAAGAUGAAUUCAAGACCUUUUUCUUGAAGUAUGGAAAGGUGAUGGAACAUGAGAUUAUUCGUGAUCAUACGACCAAGCGCUCUCGGGGUUUUGGAUUUAUUGUUUUUGACAGUGAAAAUGUUGUAGAUAUUCUGCUGGCUAAUGGGAAUAUGAUUGAUAUGGCGGGUACUCAGGUUGAAAUCAAGAAGGCCGAACCAAAGAAAAACUCAAACCCUGCACCUGGUCCUGCAUUUGGUAGUGAGUCUAGGGCUCGCCAAUACCAUGAUGGUUUUGGUGGAUUUGGUGAUUUUAAUGGUUAUGGUAGUGGUGAGUUUGGCCCCUCUUCUUAUAGAUCUCUGGGGGCUUUUGGAGGUAGGUUUGGUGAUUAUGGUGGGUUUGGUGCUAGUGGUGCUGAUUUUGGCACUGGUAGUUAUGGAGGUUUUGGUGGCAGUGGCUUUGCUGGUUAUCGAGGAGAUUCUGCAUUUGGCUAUUCUAGUCGCUUUGGUUCCUAUGGUGGUGGAUUUGGUGGAAGUGGCUUGGGUGCAGCAUAUGGACGUGGCGGAGGAGGAUAUGGAAGUUAUAGUGGUUCGGGCCCUUCAGGUAGUUAUGAUUCAGGCUCUGGUGCUAGUUUUGGUGGAUCUGGAGGAGGGUUGUAUGGUAGUAGGACUGGAUAUGGUGGCAGUAGCCGUUAUCAUCCCUAUGCAAGGUAGAUAUGUGCUUAACAUACCCAUAGAAGUUGCAUGCAGGUUUUUCCAAUUUUCAGAGUAUUCCAUCUCCAGUUGAGUAAACAUAAAGCAUUUAUUGCAAGUUCGCACUAUCUAGAAGAUCAGACCAACAGUUAGUGUUUCCUUGUUCAGUCUACGGCUUACACAACUGGAGUUAGAUCAGCAGCAAUCUAGAGCUUUCUAUCAGAGAUCAACCACAGAACUCUAAAUUAGGCAUCUACAGUGUGGUUUAUGUUUACAGUUGCCAUUUUAUUGUAGCUUUGACUAUUUUUCUUUUUUCUUUGAAAUAGCAAUUAGAUAGAUUGUUUUGGACCUGUAACAUUUAGGGAAAAUUAAUAUAGUGUCCUUAGUUAUGCAUGGAAUGAGAGUGUGAGGGGAUAUUAAGUUUUAGCAUUCUACAGUUGCACUUGUGUGAGUGUCUUGUGUUAUUGUAUAGCUAUUCCCGUGAUCAGAUUGACUUAAUAGUUUUCGACAGUGACACAAGUAUAUGGUUUGUCUUCUUUUUGGUAUGUGAAUGUUGUUUUGCCCUGGUUGGCGUUGAUAGCUAGUGCAUUAGCAAAUUUUGUAGACAGUUUGGUGGCAUGGUCAGCUGCUUUGACCGUAAGUUGGUUUUGGCUUACAAUCCCUUUCUUUUA